AGCAACUUGCGACACAGCCGAGAGCAAUUUUCACAAGUACCCUGGAUAUUACCACUUUUGAAUUGGACACAACAUUGAAAACUAUGCUUGCUCUUGCGAUUAAACUCGUCGUCAUCCUGGGCGUCCUCAGUGGCGAGGGUGCUGGUCAGUCCACUCUCGUGGAAUGCGACUCUGGCAAGAUCGCACUCACGUCAGGCCCGUUCAUGACGACGCCAGCGGCGGACGCUUGCGGCGCCGAAGCGUUGGGCGGCAAGUCCAUCCGCAGCAUCUUCGAGUUCAGUGUGACUCCCCCCGACACCAUUGCCACAAUGGUGAAUACGCCUAGUUGUCAAACGUGGUGGUCCGAACUGUCGGCGCCGUUCGCUUUAUUCAAGCCAUGCAUGUACCUGGGUACAACGAUCCAGGACUGCUCCAAGCAGCCACUCCAAGCGUUCUUGGAAGCCAACAACAAGGAGAUCCAAAGCUUUGACCCGAAUCGACCGGCAGACACGAGUCCGGUUGAAACCGACGACGAAGGGGGUGGCGCUGCAUCGGUAGAAAGCACGACCGAAGUGCCACCGGAGACGUCGCUGGCUCCAACUUCUGUGAUAGAAACGUUCUGCUAG